CACACCCCGCGGGCCAGCCGGCCGCCGGCGAAGCUCGUCUCCCCCCCUCGGCUCGGUUCACCCUUCAACCUCCUUUUGCCGCCGCCCAGUCAUGAACCCCCCGGAGGGGGCAGCGGAGGAAGGAGGAGCCGCCGACUCGGACGUGGAUGCUUUUUUCCGCACAGGAUCUUUUCGGAAUGAUGGUUUGAAAGCUUCUGAUGUUCUUCCUAUCCUAAAGGAGAAAGUGGCCUUUGUGUCUGGGGGCCGUGACAAGCGAGGCGGACCCAUCCUGACCUUCCCUGCUCGCAGCAAUCAUGACAGGAUAAGACAGGAGGACUUGCGGAAACUUGUGACGUAUUUGGCCAGCGUGCCAAGUGAGGACGUUUGCAAACGUGGCUUCACUGUCAUCAUCGACAUGCGGGGCUCCAAGUGGGACCUCAUUAAGCCCCUCCUCAAAACGCUGCAGGAAGCCUUUCCAGCUGAGAUCCAUGUGGCCCUCAUCAUCAAACCCGACAACUUCUGGCAGAAGCAGAAGACCAACUUUGGCAGCUCCAAAUUCAUCUUUGAGACAAGUAUGGUGUCCGUGGAGGGGCUUACAAAGCUGGUGGACCCCUCCCAGCUAACGGAGGAAUUUGACGGCUCUCUGGAUUACAACCACGAGGAGUGGAUCGAGCUGCGGCUCUCCCUGGAGGAGUUCUUCAACAGUGCAGUGCACCUGCUCUCGCGCCUAGAGGACCUGCAGGAGAUGCUAGCCAGGAAAGAGUUCCCCGUGGAUGUGGAGGGCUCUCGGCGGCUAAUCGAUGAACACACGCAGCUCAAGAAAAAGGUGCUGAAGGCCCCCGUGGAGGAGCUGGACCGAGAGGGGCAGCGGUUGCUGCAGUGCAUCCGCUGCAGUGAUGGCUUCUCAGGGCGCAACUGCAUCCCAGGGAGUGCUGACUUCCAGAGCCUCGUACCCAAGAUCACCAGCCUCUUGGACAAGCUGCACUCCACUCGGCAGCAUCUGCACCAGAUGUGGCACGUGCGCAAGCUCAAGCUGGACCAGUGCUUCCAGCUGAGGCUCUUUGAGCAGGAUGCUGAGAAGAUGUUCGACUGGAUAAGCCACAACAAGGAGUUAUUUCUGCAGAGCCACACGGAGAUUGGAGUCAGCUACCAGCAUGCCCUAGACCUCCAAACGCAGCACAAUCACUUUGCCAUGAACUCCAUGAAUGCUUAUGUCAACAUCAACCGCAUCAUGUCAGUGGCCUCCCGCCUCUCAGAGGCAGGCCAUUAUGCAUCUCAGCAAAUCAAACAGAUCUCCACGCAACUGGACCAGGAGUGGAAGAGCUUCGCUGCUGCCUUGGAUGAACGCAGCACCAUUCUGGCCAUGUCUGCUGUGUUCCACCAGAAGGCUGAGCAGUUUCUAUCAGGAGUGGAUGCAUGGUGCAAGAUGUGCAGUGAAGGUGGCCUGCCCUCUGAAAUGCAAGACCUGGAGCUGGCAAUCCAUCACCACCAGUCCUUGUAUGAGCAGGUGACACAGGCAUACACAGAGGUCAGCCAGGAUGGCAAGGCAUUGCUGGAUGUACUGCAGCGUCCACUGAGUCCUGGGAACUCUGAGUCUCUCACGGCCACAGCGAACUACUCCCAGGCGGUGCACCAGGUGCUGGACGUGGUUCAUGAGGUGCUGCACCACCAGCGGCGACUAGAGAGCAUCUGGCAGCACCGCAAGGUGCGGCUCCACCAGCGGCUGCAGCUCUGCGUCUUCCAGCAGGAUGUGCAGCAGGUUUUGGACUGGAUUGAAAACCAUGGAGAAGCCUUUCUCAGCAAACAUACUGGGGUUGGGAAGUCCCUCCAUCGAGCCCGGGCCCUGCAGAAGAGGCAUGAUGACUUUGAAGAGGUGGCUCAGAAUACGUACACCAACGCGGACAAGCUCCUAGAAGCAGCGGAGCAGCUGGCUCAGACCGGGGAAUGUGACCCGGAGGAGAUCUACAAGGCUGCCAGGCACCUGGAGGUGCGCAUCCAAGACUUCGUGCGCAGGGUGGAACAGCGGAAGCUUCUCCUGGACAUGUCGGUCUCCUUCCACACUCACACCAAAGAGCUGUGGACAUGGAUGGAAGACCUGCAGAAGGAGAUGUUGGAGGAUGUCUGUGCAGACUCUGUGGAUGCAGUCCAGGAGCUGAUUAAGCAGUUCCAGCAGCAGCAGACUGCCACCCUGGAUGCCACACUCAAUGUCAUCAAGGAAGGCGAAGACCUUAUCCAGCAGCUCAGGUCAGCGCCUCCCUCUCUGGGGGAGCUCAGCGAGGCCAGGGACUCGGCUGUGUCCAACAACAAGACACCUCACAGUAGCUCCAUCAGCCAUAUCGAAUCAGUCCUGCAGCAGCUAGAUGAUGCUCAGGUACAGAUGGAAGAGCUAUUCCAUGAGCGGAAGAUCAAGCUGGACAUCUUCCUGCAACUGCGAAUCUUUGAGCAGUACACUAUUGAGGUGACAGCAGAGCUGGAUGCCUGGAAUGAGGACUUACUUCGACAGAUGAAUGACUUCAACACAGAGGAUCUGACCCUGGCAGAGCAGAGGCUGCAGCGUCACACAGAGCGGAAGCUUGCCAUGAACAACAUGACCUUUGAGGUCAUCCAGCAGGGCCAAGAUCUGCACCAGUACAUCAUGGAGGUGCAGGCCUCAGGAAUUGAGUUAAUCUGUGAAAAAGACAUAGAUCUGGCAGCUCAGGUGCAAGAGCUCCUGGAGUUUCUACACGAGAAGCAGCAUGAAUUGGAGCUUAACGCCGAGCAGACGCAUAAACGGCUAGAGCAGUGUCUCCAGCUGCGGCACCUCCAGGCUGAGGUCAAACAGGUCUUGGGAUGGAUCCGCAACGGAGAGUCAAUGCUGAAUGCCAGCCUGGUCAAUGCCAGCUCUUUGUCUGAAGCAGAACAGCUGCAGCGGGAGCAUGAACAGUUCCAACUAGCCAUUGAGUCCCUCUUUCAUGCCACUUCCUUGCAGAAGACACACCAGAGCGCCCUGCAGGUACAGCAGAAAGCGGAGGCACUGCUCCAGGCCGGCCAUUACGACGCAGACGCCAUUCGGGAAUGUGCCGAGAAGGUGGCCCUCCACUGGCAGCAGCUCAUGCUGAAGAUGGAAGACCGGCUGAAACUGGUUAAUGCCUCUGUGGCCUUUUACAAAACUUCUGAACAGGUGUGCAGUGUCCUGGAGAGUUUAGAGCAAGAAUACCGGAGAGACGAGGACUGGUGUGGUGGGCGAGAUAAACUGGGGCCUGCAGCAGAGAUGGACCAUGUCAUUCCGCUCAUCAGCAAACAUCUGGAGCAGAAGGAGGCCUUUCUGAAGGCCUGCACCCUGGCACGGCGGAACGCUGAGGUCUUUCUCAAGUACAUCCACAGGAACAAUGUCAGCAUGCCCAGUGUUGCCAGCCAUACUCGGGGACCUGAGCAGCAAGUAAAAGCCAUCUUGAGUGAACUCUUGCAGAGGGAGAAUCGUGUCCUGCACUUCUGGACCUUGAAGAAGCGGCGAUUAGACCAAUGCCAGCAAUACGUGGUGUUUGAACGCAGUGCUAAGCAGGCACUGGACUGGGUUCAAGAAACGGGAGAAUAUUACCUCUCAACACACACCUCCACUGGAGAGACCACAGAGGAGACUCAGGAGCUGCUGAAAGAAUAUGGAGAAUUCAGGGUGCCUGCCAAGCAAACAAAGGAGAAAGUGAAGCUCCUGAUUCAGCUGGCCGAUAGCUUCGUGGAAAAGGGCCACAUUCACGCCACAGAAAUAAGGAAAUGGGUGACCACGGUGGAUAAGCACUACCGAGAUUUCUCCCUGAGGAUGGGAAAGUACCGGUACACCCUGGAGAAAGCCCUGGGAGUCAACACAGAGGAUAACAAGGAUUUGGAACUGGACAUCAUCCCAGCAAGCCUCUCAGAUCGUGAAGUCAAGCUACGGGAUGCCAACCAUGAGGUCAAUGAAGAGAAACGAAAGUCAGCUCGGAAGAAAGAGUUCAUUAUGGCUGAACUACUCCAAACAGAGAAGGCUUAUGUAAGGGACUUACAUGAGUGCUUAGAGACCUACCUGUGGGAAAUGACCAGUGGUGUGGAGGAGAUACCCCCUGGGAUCCUUAAUAAAGAGCACAUCAUCUUUGGCAACAUCCAGGAGAUCUACGAUUUUCAUAACAACAUCUUCCUUAAAGAGCUGGAGAAGUACGAGCAGCUGCCUGAGGAUGUGGGACACUGCUUUGUCACCUGGGCAGACAAGUUUCAGAUGUAUGUCACCUACUGUAAAAACAAGCCUGAUUCCAACCAGCUGAUCCUGGAGCAUGCAGGCACCUUCUUUGAUGAGAUUCAGCAGCGGCAUGGCCUGGCCAACUCCAUCUCUUCAUACCUAAUUAAGCCUGUCCAGAGGAUCACCAAGUACCAGCUGCUCCUGAAGGAACUUUUAACUUGCUGUGAAGAAGGGAAAGGGGAGCUCAAGGAUGGCUUGGAAGUGAUGCUCAGUGUCCCCAAGAAAGCCAAUGAUGCCAUGCACGUCAGCAUGCUGGAAGGGUUCGAUGAGAACUUGGAUGUGCAGGGAGAGUUGAUUCUUCAGGAUGCCUUUCAAGUUUGGGACCCGAAGUCGCUGAUCCGGAAGGGGCGGGAGCGGCACCUGUUCCUCUUUGAGAUCUCCUUAGUUUUUAGCAAGGAGAUCAAAGACUCUUCAGGACACACGAAAUAUGUUUACAAGAACAAACUACUGACCUCAGAGCUGGGUGUGACUGAGCAUGUGGAGGGUGACCCCUGCAAAUUCGCCUUGUGGUCUGGGCGCACCCCAUCUUCAGACAAUAAAACAGUGCUCAAAGCUUCCAACAUCGAAACCAAGCAGGAGUGGAUCAAGAACAUUCGAGAAGUGAUUCAGGAAAGGAUCAUUCACCUGAAAGGAGCUUUAAAGGAGCCAAUCCAGCUCCCCAAAACACCAGCCAAACUGAGGAACAAUAGUAAGAGGGAUGGAGUAGAGGAUGGUGACAGCCAGGGGGAUGGGAGCAGCCAGCCAGACACCAUCUCCAUUGCCUCUAGGACCUCUCAGAACACAGUGGACAGUGACAAGCUCUCAGGUGGAUGCGAGCUCACCGUGGUCCUCCAGGACUUCAGCGCAGGCCACAGCAGCGAGCUGAGCAUCCAGGUGGGACAGACCGUGGAGCUGCUGGAGAGGCCCAGCGAGAGGCCUGGCUGGUGUCUCGUCCGCACCACAGAGCGGAGCCCCCCUCAGGAAGGCCUGGUCCCCAGCAGCGCCCUCUGCAUCUCGCAUUCGCGCAGCAGCGUGGAGAUGGACUGCUUCUUCCCCUUGGUGAAAGAUGCAUACUCUCAUUCCUCCAGUGAAAAUGGAGGCAAGUCCGAGUCUGUGGCCAACCUGCAAUCUCAGCCCUCCCUGAACUCCAUCCACAGCUCCCCGGGUCCCAAGCGCUCCACCAACACCCUGAAAAAAUGGCUGACGAGUCCAGUGCGUCGACUCAACAGUGGGAAAGCAGAUGGAAACAUCAAAAAGCAGAAGAAAGUACGGGAUGGCCGGAAGAGCUUUGACCUGGGAUCUCCCAAGCCUGGGGAUGAGACAACCCCUCAGGGAGACAGCGCUGAUGAGAAGAGCAAGAAGGGUUGGGGUGAAGAUGAGCCAGAUGAAGAGUCGCACACCCCACUCCCGCCACCCAUGAAGAUCUUUGACAAUGACCCCACCCAGGAUGAGAUGUCCUCCUCUUUGCUAGCAGCCUGGCAGGCUUCCACGGAAGUACCUACUGCUGCAGACCUUGUCAGUGCAAUAGAAAAGUUGGUCAAAAACAAGCUGACUCUGGAAGGGGGUUCCUACCGGGGGAGCUUGAAAGACCCCACAGGCUGCCUGAAUGAAGGGAUGACUCCUCCAACACCUCCUAGAAACCUGGAAGAGGAACAGAAAGCCAAGGCUCUGCGAGGCAGAAUGUUUGUGCUGAAUGAGCUGGUGCAGACAGAGAAAGACUACGUCAAGGACCUGGGAAUUGUGGUGGAGGGCUUCAUGAAGAGAAUAGAAGAGAAGGGGGUCCCAGAGGAUAUGCGAGGAAAGGAUAAAAUCGUGUUUGGAAAUAUCCACCAGAUUUAUGACUGGCAUAAAGAUUUUUUCUUAGCUGAACUGGAAAAAUGUAUCCAAGAGCAAGACAGACUGGCCCAGCUCUUUAUUAAACAUGAGCGGAAGCUGCACAUCUACGUGUGGUACUGCCAGAACAAGCCGCGCUCGGAGUACAUUGUGGCCGAGUACGAUGCCUACUUUGAGGAGGUGAAACAAGAGAUAAAUCAAAGGCUGACACUAAGUGACUUCCUUAUCAAGCCCAUUCAGAGAAUAACAAAAUACCAAUUGCUUCUCAAGGACUUCCUGAGAUACAGUGAGAAGGCUGGCUUGGAGUGUUCAGAUAUCGAGAAAGCAGUGGAGUUAAUGUGCCUUGUUCCCAAACGCUGCAACGACAUGAUGAACCUGGGACGCCUGCAGGGUUUUGAGGGCACCCUGACAGCCCAGGGCAAGCUUCUGCAACAGGACACGUUCUAUGUGAUUGAGCUGGACGCCGGCAUGCAGUCCCGGACCAAGGAAAGGCGUGUGUUCCUCUUUGAGCAGAUUGUCAUCUUUAGUGAACUGCUCAGAAAGGGGUCCCUCACCCCAGGCUACAUGUUCAAGAGGAGCAUCAAGAUGAAUUACUUGGUCCUGGAGGAGAACGUGGACAAUGACCCCUGCAAAUUUGCACUCAUGAACAGAGAAACUUCUGAGAGACUAAUUCUGCAAGCUGCCAACUCAGACAUCCAGCAGGCCUGGGUGCAGGACAUCAAUCAAGUCUUAGAAACACAGCGAGACUUCUUAAAUGCUCUGCAGUCACCCAUCGAGUACCAGCGGAAAGGAAGGAGCACAGCUGUGAUGCGAUCCCAGCCCACCAGGGCUCCCCAGGCCAGCCCCAGGCCCUACUCCUCUGUCCCUGUGGGCUCAGAGAAACCUCCCAAGGGCUCCAGCUACAACCCACCUGUGCCACCCCUGAAGAUAUCUACCUCCAAUGGCAGUCCAGGGUUUGACUACCACCAGCCUGGGGACAAGUUUGAGGACAGCAAGCAGAAUGACCUGGGAGGCUGCAAUGGUACCUCAUCCAUGGCCGUGAUCAAAGAUUACUAUGCACUGAAGGAGAAUGAAAUCUGUGUGAGCCAAGGUGAGGUGGUCCAGGUCCUCGCCGUCAACCAGCAGAACAUGUGCCUGGUGUACCAGCCUGCCAGCGACCACUCCCCAGCUGCGGAAGGCUGGGUCCCAGGCAGCAUCCUGGCACCCCUCACCAAAGCCACCACAGCAACAGAAAAUAGUGACGGGAGCAUCAAGAAGUCAUGUUCAUGGCAUACUCUACGCAUGAGAAAGCGGGCGGAAGUGGAGAACACGGGUAAAAAUGAAGCCACAGGGCCUCGUAAACCCAAGGAUAUUCUGGGCAACAAAGUCUCUGUUAAAGAGACGAACAGUUCCGAGGAGUCAGAGUGUGAUGAUCUUGACCCUAAUACUAGCAUGGAGAUCUUAAAUCCAAAUUUCAUACAAGAAGUGGCCCCAGAAUUCCUUGUGCCCUUAGUGGACGUGACCUGUUUGCUUGGCGACACAGUGGUUCUGCAAUGCAAAGUCUGUGGGCGACCAAAGCCCACCAUCACCUGGAAGGGUCCAGACCAGAACAUCCUUGACACUGACAACAGCUCAGCCACAUACAGUGUCUCCUCCUGUGAUUCUGGGGAUAUCACCCUGAAGAUCUGCAACCUGAUGCCUCAGGACAGUGGGAUUUAUACCUGCAUAGCAACAAAUGACCACGGAACUGCAUCCACGUCAGCUACAGUUAAGGUUCAAGGUGUUCCGGCAGCCCCUAACCGCCCCAUCGCACAGGAGAGGAGCUGCACCUCCGUCAUCCUGCGCUGGCUGCCCCCGGCCAGCACUGGGAACUGCACGAUUUCCGGUUACACGGUGGAAUACCGUGAGGAAGGUUCCCAGGUCUGGCAGCAGUCUGUAGCUUCGACCUUGGACACUUACCUCGUUAUCGAAGACCUUAGUCCCGGGUGUCCCUAUCAGUUCAGAGUCAGCGCCAGCAACCCCUGGGGAAUCAGCCUUCCCAGUGAACCCUCGGAAUUCGUGCGGCUUCCAGAGUACGAUGCAGCUGCUGAUGGUGCCACCAUUUCUUGGAAGGAAAAUUUUGAUUCCGCUUACACUGAGCUGAGUGAGAUUGGCAGAGGCCGUUUCUCUAUUGUAAAGAAAUGCAUCCACAAAGCUACCCGCAAAGAUGUCGCUGUGAAAUUUGUAAGCAAAAAAAUGAAGAAGAAGGAGCAGGCUGCCCACGAGGCCGCCCUGCUCCAGCACCUGCAGCACCCCCAAUAUGUCACUCUUCAUGACACCUACGAGUCCCCCACAUCCUACAUCCUCAUUCUGGAACUGAUGGAUGAUGGCCGACUCUUAGAUUACCUUAUGAAUCAUGAUGAACUGAUGGAGGAAAAAGUAGCUUUCUAUAUCCGAGACAUUAUGGAAGCUCUGCAGUAUCUUCACAACUGCCGGGUUGCACAUUUAGAUAUAAAGCCUGAAAACCUGCUCAUCGACCUCCGGAUUCCAGUGCCUCGAGUGAAGCUCAUUGACUUGGAGGAUGCUGUCCAGAUCUCGGGCCACUUCCACAUCCACCAUCUGCUGGGGAACCCCGAGUUUGCUGCCCCAGAAGUGAUUCAAGGCAUCCCUGUCUCCCUGGGCACAGACAUCUGGAGCAUCGGGGUUCUGACCUACGUCAUGCUGAGUGGGGUCUCCCCCUUCCUGGAUGAGAGCAAAGAGGAGACAUGUAUCAACGUGUGCAGGGUGGAUUUCAGCUUCCCCCACGAGUACUUCUGUGGGGUGAGCAACGCUGCCAGAGACUUCAUCAAUGUGAUCUUGCAGGAAGACUUCCGCAGGAGGCCCACCGCGGCCUCAUGCCUGCAGCAUCCGUGGCUGCAGCCUCACAAUGGCAGCUACUCCAAGAUCCCCCUGGACACCUCUCGCCUGGCGUGCUUCAUAGAACGCCGCAAGCACCAGAACGAUGUGCGGCCCAUCCCCAAUGUCAAGAGCUACAUUGUCAACCGGAUGAACCAAGGGACAUAGCCAUCUCCCAAGCCCCAGGUUUCACAUACAAGUGCAGUGUGAGCCAAAGCAAGACUGGAAGUGUCUGUAAAUAACUCUGUCUGUCACUUCACUUCACAUGCUUCUUUGGAUUGAGAGGGGCCUCUCGAACCUUGUCUGUGGUUACGUAGGGUCUGUCUGAGCAGCAGUAAGAGUCACCCUAAACCCAGGAGCUUUCCAGAAGGUCAUUCUGAAGACAUCAAGAUGCAGAGUUGCGGAAAGUAUUAAAAGGGCAAAAAUAACAAUAUUAGUUGCUAGAAAUCUUUUAAUUGUACAUUCCAAAAUGUGUGGUUAAGUGGCAAACCUUCGGCUCACUAUGGUGAGUAGAAAAGGGUUUCUGAUGUCACUGAAAAUUUAAGCAAAAAGUUCUACUUAAUAGAGAUGUCAGCUAUUUGGGCUUAUAUGACUUGGAUAUUGUUUCUUAAUAGCAUACAUAUACAGUAUGAGUAUUCCCAUCCAGGUUGCAGAGUUUUCUAAUAGAGUUCUAUAUGAAAUCAACCACAAGUAACUUUGAGUGCUCAAGUUAAGACAAUUUAUUUAUCUAAGCAUUACAUUGUUUUGACUAAGCACAAUUAGAUGACAAGUUUUUUAGAGCAUUUUAUAAAUCUUGUAUAGAAAUCUUUUACCAGAACCUGUGUAUUAAGAGAAAGCAAUGUUAACCUUUUGCAAUCUGUGAAUGAGAAGAUAUUUUUUUUUCCCCUGUCACAGGUUUCACUAAGAAAGGUUCUGUAUAUGAGACACUACACUGAAUUCUCUGGCAGUUCUGACUUCCUCUGGUAAGAAAGACUGUCAGAAAAUAAGCCCAAAUUCAGUAAGAGUUGUGAGGUUAUUUUUAUGUCAACACCUGGCUGGAAAUAGGUAAAUGAAUAUUACAGUUUCAUACAAAUGGGCAAAUAGAAACCUUUCCUACAGUCCCUGUGAGCAAUGUAUCAAUACUUUCUGAUGUCUUCUACAGCUGUACAACACAGCUUUCAGAAAGUUGGCUUACUUUACUUCUAACCCCUCACAAAGCUUAGGGGUGCUUACCAAAAGGAGGCAGCCAUAUAUAUGCCUUUUAAAGGCCUGGUUCUAAGUCCUUUUUGAAGCCAUGAAACAAAGCCUGACCAUCACUCCAACAGCAUUGAGUUGUCGUUGCGAUUGCAAUACCUUUUUCACCACUCAGCUGUCAACACCUUUUCUGAACUAAAAGGACUAAUUGUAUUUUGAAGCUGAUGCUGCUUUCUGGUGUAGAGUCUCCAUACAAGAUGAUUAUAAACUGCCCUUUUCCUUCUGGAGGGAAAACAAACCUGGGUAUUUCAUGUUUUUUUCUUUCCCUUUUUUGAGGGGGACAUAUUGGGUUUUUGUGUGUUUGUACAUGUCCACACAUUGUUUUCUAAGAUGUGUCUUGAAAGUUGCUUUUAUGAAAGUAAUAUUUGAAAAAUAUAACCGAAGUGUUUAUUCGAAUCAGGCUUAAUGUCAUCAUGUCUCUCCUACUAAUGGGAUUGAGAAAUAAACAUCCUGCAGGAAUAAGAGCAAGCAGAGAAUUUAGGAUGAAAAGAUGGGAUUCCAAGCUAUUUAGUAAAAAAAAAAAAAAAAAUGGGAGAAACUAAGCCUGAACUAUAAUCAUUUCCCCCAUUGGUUUCAAAAUCAGAUUUAUCUGCCCUCCAUCUCAUCCUGUCAGAGAUUAUUAUAAUAAGAACUUAGUGGAAAGUAUAAGCAAUAAGACUAGAUAGCAUUUAGUAUUUUGAGGAUUAACCAAAUAAGUGGAAACUGACUCUGUCAUUUCCUCAUCUUCUAGUGGCCCUGGGUGUUCAAGCCUCAUUCCCUCAGAGCUCAAUAACCUUCCACAGUCUUCACUCAAACCAUGAUGUAUGUACAACUACAGAAUUGUAUCAUGUAAUAUUUUAAAAUUUAAGACAUGCUUACUGAAAGCCCUUUCAGUAAACAUGUCUUCAUUAUGAAACACAGCAUAAAAGAGAAAGGCCUGGGCCACAGAGCAUGCCAUGGAGUAGAAUGCAGGCUUUGAGGAGUCCAAAUGUCCACACAGAAUGUCUGUCCUGUCCACAGUGGCUGACUUGAACGAAGAGCUACCCACUGAGCUAUUCAGGCUCAGUUUCUGCUUGAGAGGGACAGGGCGCAGGACAAUGGUGCUCCAAUAGCAUGGAAGAGCAACAUCGAAAUCAUGUUGUGAAGUGAGGGGGGUGGGUAACACGAUGUUACAGCCAGAUGUGGGGCUGCAUGGAAUCCCCCGCCCAGCGUACAUGGAGGGGAAGACAGGGAAGAAGGGAGCAGAGGAAAAGAAGUAUGGUUUUACAACUUGCAGCCUAAGUACAAUUGUUAGAAAAGAAUGAGCUAGGAGAAAAGGAGGAAUAUUUUAUGUAGUUUGAUAACUGAAAGAAAUAAAACAGGGAAGUCCUCUGUCUACAAAGCACCUGGUCCCUCCCAACAGGGACAAGACAGUGGUCUUGAUUCAAGAGUUCUUCAUAGCAGGGCCUGGGGAGGUUGGUCAAUGGACCUGAGUUCAGAACCACCCCCACCCUAGCACCCUUGUAACUGCUGGGAGGGCAUUGUGGCGUGGCCUCCCACCACUUGGGAGGCUAAUAGUUCUUAGUGAGGUGUACCUUCCACAUGAAUGGGGGGGGAGGGUAAAAAAGCAAUGCUGGUUAAAGUCACGGGUUUCUUGCUUAGCUUGCAUUCAUUGAAGAGUGUAGAACUCUUGUGUUGGAAUGGUGGGGUGCAGAAGGACAGAAAAGAUCAGGGAUGCCCAUGCUCACUGAUAGGAGGCGGGAUAAUUUCUGCCCCCCUUUACAUUUGCUUCAAAUAAACUAGAUUUAUAUCCACCUACACUGAAUGUGGUUAAAAAAAAUUUUUUUAAGAAAAUUGUAAUGUUGGAGGUGUCCUUCAUGUCUCUCCCAGCCAUAAACAAUCUAAGGGGGAGUGAAGGAAGCAGAGGAAAAACCUGGCAUCACUGCUUUGUACUUCACAAAGCCUCUGUAACUAGUGCCUUUCAGAGAGGAGGAUAGGAGAUGAAGUUCAAUUGCAUUUAGAUUUAGUAAUAUUGCAGUAUUUUUCUUAAUUUUAAAAUAUCUUUCAACAUCUGAAUGUAGGAUGGGACCAGGAAUUCUUGAGUGUUAAUCUCAGCUGUUCCACAUUCAUCCUUUUUUUUUUUAAUUACACAAAGUGUUUGUUUAUUUCUGCCCCAAAUGUUCUCAUUGAGGAGGGAGAACAUUAACUGCAUAAGAAUGUUGAAAAAAAAUUGUGUCAUAGUUGAGACAGCUAUAAAAUAUUUUGAUUCUCAUAAAGUGCUACACACUGCCAAUGCUAAGAAUUUUACUGAUAGCAACUUUGAACAUUCCAGGUUUCCAAUAUUCAUGUCUCUAAGAUAUCAUUUACAAACGCAUGAGGCUAACUUCUAUAAAUUGCUUUUAACUGGAAAUAUUAGGUGUUCCUUGUCUAAAUGUAAUUUGGUCUUAUGCUUUAAUUUUGAUCAUUUAAGAGUUUGUCUACAGAUAAAGUUUAGGAGAGCUGAUGAAAUCUUAAAUGUCCAUAAGCUGUUUUCUUCAGUAUUUCUUCUGGCAAGGGUGAGAAGUAAGAUGCCUUCGUAGGCAGGUGUCAGCUUCUCUUCUCACUUUGUGCUCUGGAAAAUGAACAGAGAAGGAUCCAAACAGCUAGUGACCUCACAGGGAGGGCAGAUAUGAGAAUCAAAGAUCCUCCCAUAUUACAAUUCAUUUCUUACAAAAAUCUAUUAGAAGAGGAAAGUGAAAUGUACAGGUAUAGAGAUGAAUUGGACUUUUAGGAGGAAAUGCUUUGGAUUAUUUUUUAGUAGCAAAUCUGUUAUCCCAUAAACCUCCAUGACUUAGUGCCUGUGGGUCAGUUCUUACUUCUUCCUUGUCUACCUGGAAGAGCCUGGAAAUUUAGAUUUGUGAGGGAGUAGGUAUGAUAGAAAUGAACUGGUGGCUAGUUUUGUGCAUUACUUAAUACUUUCUCCCCUGCACCCGACAGAGGAAAUACUUUAAACAUCAAGGGUCUCUGUAGAAGAGCAAAACACACUCCCUGCAUCUUUCUUGUGGCCUGUGACUUGUACUGGGUAACUUCUGAGGAAUGCACACAGUUACCCCUUCUCUCCUCGGUAGCACUCCUGUGAGGUCUGCUUAGGCAAACACAUAUACACUUUCAAUGACUUAUUUGUAAAAGUGCUUCAUGAUUUUUCUUUGCUAGUUAAAAUCUAGGGGUCUUUUGUGAACAAAUGAUUAGACCCCAGGAUAGGCUAAAGGAAACUUUACACAUUCUCCACUGAGAAAAAGAAGCUACUCUCUUAAUAGUUAUUUUUCUGAGAACAAUAAGGAUGUCAGUUGUUUCAUUAAUUCUAGAGGGUUCAAAAGGGCUGAAAUUUGUUCAUCAAAUGAGAUAAUUUUAAUAAUAAAUGUUAUUUCAUGAAAAAUCUAUACAGAAAUAGUAGAAUAGAGAGGUAUCAUAUAGACAUAUUUUUAUGAAAGGCAUUUUCUUCCUCAUUUUCAAUAUAAGUUGAAGUUACAGGAGAAGAAAAUAAUCAUUCUAAGCAAGGUUUCAUCUUUAAGUGACAUUUAUUGUAAGCCUAAAGUUAGUAUUCAUAGGCGAUAGUGUUUUCCUGUUAGUGUGUCUGAUGAGAAAUUCUAACCUGUGGUGAGAUUGUUUUCAUUCAAAUGACCAAAAUAACAGUUUAAUCAGAUGAUUUACUUCAGCGAGUUUAGCUAAGAAAGGGGAGAGUGCAGGAAAAGUGUGAAUAGCAAUUCUUGGGUUGUUAGGCUUUACGGGCAAGUGCGCCUUAACCACCAAGCCAUCUCUCCAGCCUGCAAAUAGCAAUUCUUAGAAUACCAACUCCUGAGGUUUAAUGUAACCAGGUGAACUUGCCAGCCCAGGGGGAUAGCCAGCAGAGGAGUUCCAUCAAUUCCUGACUUCCACCAAAAGAACAAAGUCCACAUUCCAGAGUAUAUGGAGACUGUUACUGUGACCUCAAAGACUGUGGCUGUAAAUUUGAAGUUAACAUGCAUCUUCUUUUACUAACUUAAGCCAUAUCUUUCAUCUCUGUGUUUGAUUUUUUUUUUUUUUUUUUUAAUCUUGGUGCUUUUACUUCUGUUUCUGCCAAACUUCAGCCUACUCUAUGGGGAAGGUGAGUAAAACUAUAUAUGGGAAAAAUUUGAAGACUGUGAAAAACUAAACAUACACUUAAGAAUGCGUUUUAUGCAGAGAACAGUGGCAAUCAAAGUGCAAACUGUUGGAAAAUGUGGAUAUAUGUACAUCUGUACAUGUAUAUAGUGUAUAAUAUGUACGUAUGUUAUUGUUCAUAUGCAGAAAUCUAUCCAUUUGCAGACAUCCCAGGUGGGUCAGUCUUUCUACUGGAAACCCAUUUAGGAAUAUUCAAAACCAUUAGGGCUAAUAUGUGGAGAGUUCUACUCAUCUGGGCAUUCAUUUGCUGUCUUUUGAAGUCCACAAAGCCAAAUUAACAAAGUGGGAAACACAGUGGAACCAUCAUUUAUGUUAGUAUGCUUACCUGGACUCAGAAAUACAUAUUUGAAAACAAAAAACAAACAGAUAUACAUAUUUGAAUUAUUUUAAAAAUAUUUUAAAAUUUUAUUUAUUUAUUUGAGAGAAAAAGAGAGGCAGAGAGAGAGAGAGAGAGA